CCAGGUCACGCGUGUUCCAAACACUUCUUGACGUUACUUCUAUUAUUGGGUCUCAACCCGUUAAGGGGAUACUACCUAUAAAAGGAAGCCAAACCCAGUGCUACCAAACCAUCCCAAGUCCAAUUCCACAAACAAGCUCAUACUAGCUACUCAUAAGCUCACCCAACAACACACAAUUCCAAUUCUUCUUCCCUCAUCACUUCGAAGACAAGCUCUCGGUUGAAGCUCGAUCAAACACAUACAAUAACAGAUUAGUCAGCCAGGCAGAUGGACCGUGUGAUGAAGCUUGCAUCAGAGCGUGCGGUGGUGGUCUUCACCCUGAGUUCUUGCUGCAUGUGCCACACCGUGGAACGCCUCUUCAGUGAGCAGCUCGGGGUCAAUGCCCUGGUGCACGAGCUCGACAAAGAUCCGAGGGGCAAGGAGAUGGAGAGGGCACUUCUCAAGAUGCUCGGGAGGGGGCCAGCAGUGCCAGCAGUGUUCAUCGGCGGGAAGCUUGUCGGAGGGACCAACAAGGUCAUGUCCCUUCACCUUGGUGGCGAGCUAGUCCCCAUGCUGAAGCAUGCAGGUGCUCUCUGGCUAUAGAGUUCUAGCUGAACAAAUUAACACAUGAAUAACAUGCGCGCGGUGGAAGAGUGUGAAGUAUAAGAAAAUUUUCCUGGAAUAACCUAAAUUAAUGGCCUAGCUAGUGUGCAUCAAGGGCAGGUUUUUUCAAUCCUGUCUCCAUGACAUAAUUAAUAUGGUUCUAGCUACCUCGCUAUUGUAGUUAAUUAGUGAGGGAUGUGUGCAUUGUUGACGUAGUACUAUCAUCCAUUGUGAUGCAAUUGUUCUAUCUUACAUCGAUGUAUGCAUAAUUCGCUCGCCCUUUUUCCAUGAGAUAUAUAAUGAUUAUGUGUGUCUGUGAGUCGGUAAUCAAUGAGAUAUAAAUGAGUAUAUUAUAUGUAAACUGUUGGGUUA